AUGGAUGAUGGUGAAGAUUUCCACGACCAAUACAAUAAUAUGAUGAUGUCCUUUGAUGAGGAAGACCAAGAGUUUCUGAGAGACAUUAUGCAGCAACAACCAGGUCUUCGUAACUAUCCGUCUUCUCAAACAGAAACAGAAAAUAGCGGCAGUUCAGGCGGCAACAAUGGUUCCAAAGAUGAAAGCCGCAUGAUGUCUCCUAGGUCGUACAUUCUGUCCUUUGGCAACUCUGACAUAAAACCCAUAAAUUCAAACCAAGAAGAAUCUAAUGACCAUCGUUCGUCAAAAAUAACCAGAAACGUUGAUCCGAGAAAGGUAAAAAGAAAGCGUUCGGAUACCUUCGAUCAUAUAAUGGCAGAGAGGAGGAGGAGACAACGAAUUACUGAUAAGUUCAUCGCACUUUCUGCAACAAUUCCGGGGUUGAAGAAGUUGGACAAAGCCACCAUACUGGACGAAGCUAUCAAAUGCGUGAAACAACUUCAGGAACGAGUAAGAGAACUAGAGAAAGAGUUGUCAGUGAUAUCCAUAAAGAAAAUUGAGGUUUGUGAGAAUGAUGAGUUCUGCGAAACCAAUGAAGUGCUGCCUAUGAUUGAAGUAAGAGUUUCAGAUAACCAAGUGCUUCUGGGAAUCCAUUGCGAGAAACAAAAUGGCAUUGAAUUCAAAAUAUUGAGCUUGCUUGAGACUUUUCAUCUCUGUGUCUCCAGUAGUAGCAUCUUACCAUUUGGAGAUUCCUCUCUUGGCAUUACCAUUGUUGCAAGGGUGGGUGAUGAAUCCAGGAUGAGGGUGAAUGAUGUGGUGAAAAAACUGCGACAAAUUCUAUCAAAAUUGCCCGAGGAUGAUGAUUGCUCCUACUAG